AACACGUUUCAGUUCGUUGGGGCUGAGUAAGUGUCCUAUGGAAUCUCUAAAUCGUACUAAUGGAUCAGCAUCGCAGCAUUCCCUGUGGAAUUUAAUUAUGGAGCACGUCCCGCCCUCUGAACUGGCCGAGGUCCGCUCCAUAAUAGGAGAAGCAUUGAUAGACUUCUAUUCAGAUCUGUGCACCGAGGUGGAGACGUGGGAGCAGAUUUUGAGCGAAUCGCUCUCCACCCGGCAGGGCAGCCGGCCGAAGACUGCGCCGUCACCCCUGGCUGACCCCCCAGCUAUCAAAGCCCUCCUGAAGGCUGAGAUCCAGCUGCUGCUGCUGUCGGUGAGGGAGAGGGCGUCCAGGGAGGGCAGGGAUGGGGAUACUGCACUGUCCCGCUACAGCCCCAGCGUGGUCAGCUACGCCCUUGGCAACGGCUCCACGAGUCCCAGAAGCUCUGUGGAAAACAGGGACCCACCUAACAGACCCCAGUCCAGACAGAGCCCAAAUGGAAGUAGGUCCAGUUCUCGGCUCUCCUCCGCCUCCAGCCUGGAGGACGAGAUCGAGUCGGUGAAGGCCAAGCUGAACGUCUCCCAUGUGGACGAGGUCGUCUCCCACCUCCAAUCAGUGCUCACGGACGACUGUGAAGCUUUGAAAAUGGAAGUUCACUCUUUGCAGGAAUGUGUGGAGCAGGCCCAUCACAGCCAGGCCGCUGUGGAACUCGUGGAGCCCACUGUAACAGAGCUGAAAGAGCAGAGGAAAGUCAUCCAGAUGGACCUGCGGCGGCAGACCCAGAUGAGCGGCGGGGCCUCCCCAGAUAAGGCUGCCUCUCAGGGGCCCUCCAGACAGAGGACAGAACGGCAUGCCAGUGAUUUAGGGAUGUGCCGUAAUCCAGCGCCUCCGUCAGCAUCAAAGAAGCCUCUCCCCAGGCCCCCGUCCAGUCCGAGCCUGCUCGUCUCCGCUCCUGGAGUGCAGCUUAGUGCUGCCCACCCAGGUAGGACGCCAGGGUCGCCCCCCGUCCUGGACCACUCGGCUCCUCGCCUCCCAGGGCCGCUCUCCGUAGACGCCCCAGAGCGGUGGAGGGAGGGGGGCCGCAGCCCAGACGCACCGCUGCUCCCCCGUCUCCGGCGUGGAGGCUCCAGACUCGGGGAACCGAGCCUCCCGCCCCUGGUCCCCUCUCCCACCUCCAGGCCUUCGGAGCUGCAGGUCGGGCAGUGUGCGAUCGCGGGAGAGGGCCAACACGAUGGUCUCUCUGUGGACGCUGACCCGGCGCGUGACAGACUCCAACAACAGCGGUCACUUCAGUCUGGGAAGUGUGUACAGCCACGUCGGGCGGAAGACUCCACGCGGCCACUGCCUCGUGCUAGCGGGGUCACAGAGUGCGGUCCGGCUAGCGAGCCGUCCCUGGACGCCAUGGUGCCCUGUCCACCUGCGUCCCAGAAACCGGCCAACAGGGGGCAGAGUGUGGCCAGGCGCCUGGGCCUUCCUCAGGGGGACAGACUGGUUAGUCCCUCCUGACCCUGGAGGAUCCCUUUGGGGACAUUGCACUGAGCAGUCAGGGAGUUUACAUGUGUCUCCAGCCAUACACUCAGACGCCAAGUGAUUAGUUCAGUUUGAUGGUUGUGGUUACUUGCACUAGAAAGAAGCUUUUCACUGUCAUGCUGUGAAACGGUAAUUUCCAUUCAACACAUUUUUUUUUUACUACAAAUGUAUGACAAACCACAAACUAAGACAAGGCAUGCGUGAUGUGUGAAAGCAGAAUGUGAUUAUGUUGUUUAAAUGUGCAUUGAUUUGUG